AUGUCAUCUGAUGAGAACAAGAAAUGGAUGAAGUGUGACCGUAAGUCUGGUGAAUACAUACAAGGUGUGAGGUCAUUUAUACAGUUUCCCAAGAAUAAUGGUGGUGGGAGGGUUUUAUUUUCAUGUCCUUGUCGAAAUUGUAUGAAUGGUAAAGGUUCAGUUUCACUUAGUGAGAUAUCAUUGCAUUUGCUCAAAUAUGGUAUUUGUUUGACGUAUACAACAUGGCGUCAUCAUGGUGAAAGUUCAGUAGAAGCAUGGUCAAGACAUAGGGAUAAGACUACAGCAGGUAUGGAUGGGAAUGUUACAAUAGAUGUGGAUGUGGAUGGGAAUGUUACAUCUGCUAUGGAUAUGGAUGUGAAUGUCACAGAAGGAGUUGAUGUGGAUGAGAAUGUUACAGCAGGUGUGGAUGUGGAUGAGAAUGUUACAACAAAUAUGGAUGUGGAUGAGAAUGUUGGGACCAAGGGGUGUUGUAAGAAAAAGUUAUCAGCGGCCGAGCGAGCAAGAGUACCAUUGUAUCCUUCGUGUCCUAAAGGAAAGUCGACGUUCUAUGUAGCGAUAAUGGUGAACAACAUAAAGACUCAGUAUGCGAUUUCAGAUAAUGGUAUGACUGCAAUGUUAGAAUUGAUAAAAGAGUUGCUUCCCAAAGAAAACACCCUGCCAAGUAAGUUUCCAUAUGUCAAGAAGAUAAUUCAAGAGUUGGGGAUGGAUUAUGUAACCUACGAUGCUUGCGUGAAUGAUUGUAUACUCUAUUGGAAGGAUAAAAGUUCAUUGCUGAAGUGCCCUGUAUGUCAAGAACCGCGGUAUGUAAGAGUUUUCAAUGAUGAGAGAAAACUUACUCAAGUUGCGCAGAAGACGUUGAGACACUUUCCAAUAAUUGCAAGGCUGAAAAGAUUUUAUAGUAUACCAUGGAUAGCAGAGGCGAUGCUUUGGCAUUUUAGAGCACAGAAAGAUAUCAAUGUAAUGCGUCAUCCCGUUGAUUCUUCAGCUUGGCAUUGUGCGGAUAGUUUUUGUCCAGAGUUUGCUAAGGAAGCACGGAAUGUUACUCUUGGUAUAGCAACUGACGGCUUCAACCCCAAUGGAUGCCUUGGACUCAAUUACAGCUGUUGGCCAGUAAUUCUCUGUCCGUAUAAUCUUCCUCCUUCUAUGUGUAUGAAGAGGGAUUUUUCUAUGUUAUGUUUGUUGAUAUCAGGCCCGAGAGCACCAGGUAAAGAUAUCGAUGUUUACUUACAACCAUUGAUUGAAGAGUUGAAAGAGUUAUGGAAUGAUGGUGUUAUGACUUUCGACAGCUUCACCGGUUCUGAAUUUCUGAUGAGAGCUAAGUUGUUAUGGGCAAUUCAUGAUUUUCCAGCAUUAGGGACUCUUUAUGGAUGUGUAACUCAUGGGUAUUUUGCUUGUCCAAGUUGUGGAGAAGAAACAGAUGCUGAGUGGCUGCCAUAUAGUAAGAAGUUGUGUUAUAUGGGACAUCGAAGAUGGCUGCCAACGAAACACAAGUUUAGAGAUGAUAAAACAAACUUCAGUGGAGGAGUUGAGCAUGGUAAAGCUCCAUGGCCACUAACAGGAUUGCAAGUUCAAGAGAUGGUAGCUAAUUUGAAAAGCAAACAGGGUAAAGGAAAACCACCAUCAAAGAAACGUAAAAGAGGGACUGAAGGGUAUGCUGAUGAAGAAAUUUCCGAUCACUAUUUAUUUUCUCGAAGGUCUAUUCUUUAUGAUUUUCCGUAUUGGGGAGAGAACAAAGUUCAUCACUGUACAUAUGUGAUGCAUACCGAGAAGAAUAUAACUGAGCACAUUGUUAAUACUGUAUUGGGAAAUAGCAAGUCAAAAGAUGGUCUUAAUGCACGUCAAGAUAUGGAAGCUAUGGGGAUUAAAAAGCGGUUAUGGUUGAAAGAGGAUGACAACACGGGAAAGACAACAAUGGAAGAUGGGUCUUUUGCCUUAACAAAGGAUGAAAAAGUUGCUUUCUGUACAGUUUUGAAGAAUUUAAGGGUGCCUUCAAAUUUCUGUUCCAAUCUUCGCAACACCGUUGGUAUAAAUCCACCGGAGUUGAAGAAUUUAAAGUCUCAUGUUUACCAUGUUAUGAUGCAGUCUUUGUUUCCACUGCUUGGUCAUACUGCAACUUCAUUUUCUAAAGAUCUGCGAGUUGCUCUUCUCCGGAUUAGUUUAUUUUUCAAUAUCUUAUGUGCGAAGGUUAUUAACAGAGAGCAUCUUUUACAAGCUAAAUCUAGUUUGGUGGAGGCAAUGUUAAUGAAAGGCUUUAAAGGGUUGGUGCGCAAUAAAAGGUACAUGAGGGAUGCAUUGCGAGAGGAUGAUGGUGAUGGUACUCAUAAACAUACUCGACGGGAUUUUUUAGAUGAUGACUAUGAGUUUGCAGAUGAGAUGCCUCUAAGUACUGGAAAGAGUAUGACUUUAACUCAAGUACAAUUUGAACAAUGCCGCAGCUGGAUCCUAUCUAAGUAUUUUGAGAUAGAUGACUGGCGAAGGAAGUAUGAUUCCUAUGUUAGCGGCAACACGUCUAAUGGUCAGCAGACCUCAAAGAGUUUUCAUUUGAUAGAAGCCAAAGAGACUGAUUCAAUACUUUGGAGACUCGUGCAAGGACCCCUCUUCAAGGCAAUAUCCUACAGGAAAUACCAAGUCAAUGGCUUUACUUUUAGCACACUAGGUUGUGAGGCGAAGAAUAUAUCGCAAAACAGUGGCGUAUCAAUGAAAUAUUUUACAAGACUGAAAGCGAAGUCGGCCGAGGAAGCAAAAAUAACUUAUUACAGAGUUAUUAAGGAGAUUAUCGUCUUGAAUUACAUGGAGUUUGAAGAAACUGUUUUCUGUAGUGAUUGGUUUAGUGUUGGAGAUAAGAAUGCGUGUAAGUUUGAUGCAGUUUCAAAGGUUAUAAAGGUCAACUUAUCCAAGAUGAAAAACAAAGUUAGAGUGUCCGAUGAGCCGUUUAUCCUUGCAUCUGAAGCGACUCAUGUGUUCUACUCGAAGGAUAUUACAGAUGAGGGAUGGUCCGUGGUGUUGCACUCACAUCAGGGAUUAACUUGUUCAGUAGAUAAAUUUGAAGUUCCUACAGCUUAUCAAUCAGUUCUUACUGACAAUGAGAAUUUCAAAAAGUUGCUUUCAAUUGGUUCUAUUUGA